AUGGAACAACUAUUCAAAUUGAUUAAUCUAUUAAUACAUCCUGCUUCCACACAACUAUAACUUAAAAGUAUUAUUGUUUUAAUAACAAUCAUUAAUAAAGCCUAGGAACUUGGAAUGGUCACGAAUUUUGAAUUAGAUUAUAAAAAUGAAAUGAAGUAUUAUUCCAUUCAUUAUUUCUUUAGUCCAAUCCUAAGUAUAAUCAGAUAUUGUUUUAUUAUGAAUACAGUUUCUUUCACUUAGCAUAUUUUCAUAAUUUUAUUUUUCUUCUUAAUGCACAUUACAUUAUUACUCAUGUUUGCUUAUUUUUACUUUUUCAGUAAAAAAUCGAUCACUCUAUAAUACAUCUUGCAUUCAUUUCUAACUUAUUAUUAAUUACUCUUUUAAAUUCCUAUUAUUUAUUCAGCAUUAAGUUUUACAUAUAAUUAAUAGAUUUGCGAUCUAAGUGAAAUAUGUACUUAAUAGGGUAGAAUAGGUAUAAUACUAAUAGGGUCGUUAAAUAUUAUAUUUACUAUGAUUUUAAAUUCAAUACAUAUAUAUUUUGGAAGAUGUGAAAAAUUAAUGGAAGAUAAUUAUAUUUUAACUUUGGAUUAUUCUAUAUUUAUAAAUGGCAUCAUACAGACUUUAGUUAUUUUGUCAAUAAUUCUAAAAUCUAUUGAUAUUUUACCUUAAUUGAGAUUUGUGAUGAUUUUGAUAAAGAGUUUGACAUAUGUUGUAACUUCCAUAAACAGAAUAAAUCAAUUCUCCUAUAUUUUUGUUGAGACUAUUGCAAUAUCUUUGAAUAUUUCAUUAUCUUUCAAUCUUAGUAUUUAUGAAUUAUUCUUAAUAAUAUCAUUCUUAUUAGGUUUCUGUAUAUAGAUUUAAAAUAGAAUUGUAAAUUACUAUAUUACUUUAAAACAAUAGUAGAAUUUAGUUACACUUCAAGUAUGAAAUAUAAACUUAUAUAGAUUAUAGAAGAAAAUAAUGAAAUGAGUGCAUAACCAAAAUCUAAAAUAAUUUUAUCAGUUAUAAAAAAGAAUCAUGAAUGCAAAAAAUGUAGAAAUUGCCAUCAAUUAGUUGAAUGCUUAUUACGUAGAAUGGCAAAUACAACUACAAAUAAAAAUUAACUUUAUGUUUUAUUAUAUUGUUCUUAUAUAGCAAAUCAUGCUCCACUAAAAGCAUUAAUUAGAUUGAUUUUAAUGAUUUCAAACGAGAUUUAUUAUAGAAUUGCAGCUCAUAAUUUAUAAUAAGAAUUAUAUAAGAGAACCUUAUAAUUUUAAAAGGAAGCUUAGAUUAAGAAUUCAAUAAGAAAUGCAAAUGAACAUUAAAAUUCAUUAGAUGUACAAUCAGCAUUUCAUACUUCUCAUUCAGCUACUAUCUUAUUUCCUUUAAUUAUUGAAACUUUGAAUAGUAAAAUAAAUUUUUGGAAUAAAUUAAUUAAUGGUUAUAAUGAUAUUGAUCAUUGUCUUCAUGAAGCACUUAAAACAACUUCUAAAAUGUUAAGAUGUAAAAAAGAAUUUGAAAAUAGAUUUGAUAUGAUUAAUAAUAAAUUAAAAGGAUCAUCAGCUUAAGAUAUUUUAUCAAUGAGAAUUAUAUAAGUUUAUCAAACAGGAAUUUAUUCCAAUUCCUUCUAAGCUUUUUAAUUAGAGAAAGCUAUUGAUGAUCUAUUAAAGAGUGAAAGAUAUAAAUAAGAUGAAUCUUUAGAUAAUAUUUAAUUGAUACAAAGUAUUUAUAUUAAUUUAUAUAUUUUAAGAUAGAUUAAUUAUUCUAAAAUCCAGUCUCGUACGUAGAAGAGGAGAAUUAAUCAAUUUAAAUAGCAAAUAAUUAUCAUAAUUUUUAAAUGAAUCUGAAGAUAAUACUAAAUUAAUUAAACACUGUAGUCAACUUAUGCCUAGUUUCUUAUCAAGUAUACAUGAUUAAUUGAUGGAUAACUAUUUAUAGAAUGGUCAUUCAAAAUUAAUGGUACAUGGAGAAUCAACAUUCUAUUAAAAUUUAGCAGGAUACAUAGAACCUUGUAGCAUUAAUUUGUUUAAUUAUUUUGAUUCAAAUAAAAAUGAUUUUUUAUUGAACAUGAUACUUACAAAAGAAUAAUCAAAUAAUGAAACUAUUUUAUUUGGAGUUGAUGGGAAAAUCUUAGGUUUUACAAAGUAAUUUUAUGAUGAAGCUUUGAAAACUAAAACAAAAAUAGAAAGUUCACAUAUGUCUAGACGUACUGAAACUACAUCUUAAUAAAUGGAUAUUAAAGAUCUUCUUUUAAGAUAUCCAUUAAUUUAAUACUAUGUACCAUCUAUAACUUAAUAAGUAGAAGAAUUAAGAAAUUAAAUUAAUUCAUCAUCUAAUUAUCUAAUGAAUAAUUUAAGAUCUUAUUGGAUAGUUCCAUCAAAUCAUAGUGAUUGUCUAUUAAAUUCCUAAUUAAUUUUAUCGUAGUUUAAAAGGAAAAGUAAUGGAUCUUAAACUUAACUCAAAAUUAGAUCUUAUAAAUCUUAAACAUAUUCUAGAUAUUCCUAAAAUUCUGUAAAUACAAAUGCUGAUGUUUAUGAUGAUUAAGAAAUCCCAUUAGAGAUCAGAAAAUAAAUUCUUAUUGAUAAUACUCCAAUAAUACUUUUGCAUCCAGAAGUCUAAGAAUCUGUUAAAAAACUUGUUGAAUUUGAAAAUUAGUCAUUAUAUCUAUAAUUAGGAUUAUUUUAUAGUUUGUCAUUUAAAGUUUUAAAAUAUAAGAAGGGAACUUAUGCUUAUUUUAUGAUUUCUAUUAAAGAGAUGAAACAUUUACAACUAUCAAAUGUAAAUUAGAACUAUAAUACAGUUCCUUCUCAUACAACUUAAUAAUAAAGUCUAUAUCCAACUUAAGAUUUGAAUAGUAGUGAUCUAUUUCCAAAAAGUGAAGUUAUAGAAAUCAAUGAAUCCUAAAAUGGUAUUAUUUAAGAGAUAAAAAUGAUGAAUCAAAUGAAAUCUGUUAAAUAAUAUGACAAUGAAGAUAAAAACUAUAAUAACCCAUUAGAUAACUCAAAAUCUUUUGAAAUGAGUUUUAAAGUAAAAUAAUCUGAAAGAUCAAACAUUUUUGAUUCAAGUAGAUAAAUGAUAGUUUAAUAACCACUCUAUGUAAAACCAAGAAACUUAGAUAAAUAAUGUAUCUAAGAAUUUGAAUAAUUAGAAUUUGAAAUGCAUGUAUAGCUUUAAUUUAUUAUAAUUUUAGGGAUUAAAAGAAAGACAAUUAGAAUUAUUGGAUGAAAAUGAUUAAGAAAUACUUAAUGAAAAAUUUGAAUCAAAUAGUUAAACUCUAAAAAAGAAUUCCAUUUUGGGUAAACUUAGAAUAGCUUAAAUGUAAAAAAAAGAAAAUGUUAUGGAUUUUGCUUCAAAUCCUUCAAGAACUUCAACUAAUUCAACAUCUAAAGAAUCCUUAUUAAUAGUGUAAUAAUUGUAUUAUAACACUUAACUUAUUACUCCUUUAAAAAAAAUAGCUUUUCUUCUAUUAUUAAUAUGUUUAGCUAUUCUCGUAAUAAACAUAAUUAAUGUUUAAUUGAUAUAAUCUAAUCUAAUUACUUAAACAGAAUAAGUAAUAAACUUAAGACAACCUCAAAACAUUAAUUACUUUUACAGUUCUGCCAUGUAUUAAGAAUGGAUUUAAUAUAUUUAAUCUCUAAAACUUAUUACAUUAAGUCCUUUUAUAAAUUAAAGAAAUACAGAUGUCUUAGCUUAAAUGUAUGAUUUUGCAAGACAAGAAAUGAUAAAUUUAGCUAUUUAAGUACCUAAGCAAGCAGAAUCUUUAAAUAUUAAUACAAUUUUUAACUUUAAAUAUAUUGAAAAUGGUGUCAUUAAAUUUUAAAAUAUUCCUCUACAAGAUUUUUAUUAAAUCAUUUAUUAAACAGCUGAAACUUCUUAUCGAAAUAAUUUGGGUAAAUAAUAUUUCUUGUAUCCAGAUAUGCUUACAACAGGUAUAAUAAGAGUUAAUUUAUGGCAGAUGGUUGAUUUGCACAAUUAAUUAAUUUAGAUUAUUAUGGAAAAUACUAUUAAUACUUAAUCUACUGUAAGAUCGUACUUCUUGACUAUUAUGAUGGCUUAAUUAUUUUCAGUGAUAUUUUUUAUUGGAGUGCAACUAAAAUAUUGGCUUUUUAUAGAUCACAUUACAAAAUCCAUAUUAUUUUUGGUAUCUCGUUUAAAUGAAAAUUAAUCAAUUGAUUAAAUUAAUCGUUUAUCUAUAAUUAAAGAAUAAAUGGAAAAUGAAAGUUCUAAUACAUGGAAAUUGUUUAAUUUUGGAGAAGUUAUGUUUGAAUUUUCAGAUAAAAAGUCUAAAAAAAUUUAAUUAAAGUAAGCAGUGUCAAUUUAAUCUACUCAAAAUAGCUAUCGUGCAACUAGUGCUCUUUAUUCAAGAAUUUAGAAAACCUAUUAUUUAAAUAGAACAAAUGUAAUAAUUAUAUUUUUAUUAACUAUAAUAUGGUCUGCCUUUUUAAUGUCUGGAUAUCUUAUACAUAUGUCAUACAAUGAUAAUUUUUAACCAUCUUUAACUGUUACUUUAAAAUUUGUAUAAUUUAGACAUAAUAUGGAUUCAUUAGCAUUAAUUGCAGGUCUUACAAAAACAGAACCACUGAUAUAAAAUUAUAAUUUAAGUUUUAUAAAUUAAACUUUAUCCACAUCUUUAUUAAUUUAAUAUAAGGAUAAUUUAUUACCAUUAAUAAAUGAAAUAGCUGAUGUUAUAUUGAAAAAUGCAAAUGAUAAUAAUCAGAAAAGUAUUUUUGAUGGAGUAUUAAAUUUUGAUUUAUGUUUAUAAAGUACCUUAGAGAAUCUUCCAGUUUGUGAUUUAUCAAAACAAUCCUUAGCUUAUGAUAAGUAAUUUAUAUUAUAUUUUUACAAUAGGAAAGAUUUAUAUUUGGAUGUCAUUGUAAAUGGGGCUUUGGGAUAUACUGCUGCAUUCGUAAAAUUUAUAAAUUAAGAAUAUGACUAUGAAAUAAAUAAUUUAAAAUAUAGUCCAAAUUUAGAAGAAUGUAGAAUCACAGCAUAAUCAUAAUAAUUUUAAAAUUUCAUCUUGCAAUAUUUUACUGAUAUUUAAACAUCUAUGAGAUAAUUUUUAGUUUUGUUUUAGUAAGAUAAUGCAAAUAUCAGUUAAGACAUUAUUAGUGUAAUACAAGUGUAUUAUUAUGGAUUUGGAUUUAGGUAUAUAAAAUUUAAUAUUAAAUCAGUUUAUUUGCAAUAUAUUGUAUAUUGAGCUUUAUAUGGAUUUAUAAAUAACAACAAACCAUUUAAUCAUUAAGAUAAAUUUUAGUACUUAUUCCAGUAGAUUUGAUAUUAACUGCCAAUAUUAGAAGCCAAGCAAAAGAAAUUCAUCAAAUGCUUUACUGA